UUGUUUGGAAUGGUCAGAUGGACCGAUGGAGACACAGGAUGGCAAUCCGGACCGCUGAAAGCCUGGAUAUGUGAGCGAAUAUAAUUCUCAACAAAAUUAAUUUUUGGUAGAGUGCGCUGCGGCUGUAUAAGGGUCAGCAGUCAUGCCGCUGGUGAAGAGAAACAUUGAGCCCAGGCACCUGUGCCGCGGGGUGCUACCGGAGGGCAUCGGCAGCGAGCUGGAGUGUGUGAUGAACAACACACUCUCAUCCAUCAUACGCCAACUCAGCAGUCUCAGUAAACAUGCUGAAGACAUAUUCGGAGAGCUCUUCAAUGAGGCAAACAUGUUCUAUUUGCGGGCGAACUCUCUGCAGGAUCGGAUUGACCGACUUGCCGUCAAGGUCACGCAGCUGGACUCAACGGUUGAGGAGGUCUCUCUUCAGGACAUAAACAUGAGGAAGGCUUUUAAAAGCUCUACCAUACAGGACCAGAAGGUGGUGUCCAAGAACAGCGUACCGAACCCGGUGAUGGAGAUGUACAAUCUGAGUGAUAAACCACCUCCUCUUAAUAUUCUCUCACCCUACAGAGAUGAUGAUAAAGAGGGGCUCAAGUUCUACACUGACCCCUCCUACUUCUUUGACCUGUGGAAGGAGAAGAUGCUACAGGACACAGAAGACAAGAGGAAAGAGAAGAGACGACAGAAGGAGCAGAGGCGAUGUGUGGAUGGCACACUGCAGAGAGAGGUGAAGAAGGUGCGUAAAGCGAGAAACCGCAGGCAGGAAUGGAACAUGAUGGCCUUCGAUAAGGAACUGAGACCUGAUCAUCGACAUUCCCACACUGUGCACAGAGGAGGCUCCACGGAGGGCCCCAUGUCCCCAGAACACAGGUCUCACGGAGAUCAUGCAGACCAUGGUUAUCUGUCUAUGGCCAAUCAUGCUGGCUAUGCGCACACUUACUCGGGGCCUCCACCCAGUAUGGCAGCCCUGUCAGCUCAUAGCCACAUGAGUAUGGACCAGGAUUACCGGGGAGGGUCUAUGGCUUACCGUUCUGGCACACUGGGUCGUCCGCACCAGGCUCCGCCCCCUCCACCAGCAUCAAACACCGUUAAUGGCUCUAUGACCCUCCCACCUGUCGACUACAGUGUUGAUUACAUGAAUUCUGGGCCACUGCCUCCACCACCAGCUGUCAUCCCAUCAGCACAAACUGCUUUUGCUAUGCCGCCCAUGGGACCGGUCCCGCAUCCAGGACAUCUAGGACCAAUGGGAGCAGUCGCUGGCUAUGCCACAUCCGUUCCACCUACCUCUGGACCAAUGGCUGCCCAUCCUCCACCAAUAGCCCCACCCCCUCCCCCCAGUGCAGCCCAAUCCAUCACUCCCAAACGGCCCUCUGUGCCUAAUGAGGCCCAGCCCAUGAACGACGCCCGUAGUGACCUGCUCGCAGCUAUAAGAAUGGGCAUCCAGCUGAAAAAAGUUCAAGAGCAGCAGGAGCAGCAGGCGAAACACGAGCCGGUGGGCAAUGACGUCGCAACUAUCUUGUCUCGCCGCAUCGCUGUGGAAUACAGUGACUCUGAAGAUGAAUCUGAGCUUGAGGACAACGACUGGUCUGACUGAAACAAUACUAAUGUGCAAAAUUCACAGACACUUACUCUCUAACUCACCUGCGAACGUUAACAUUGCAUUUCCCAUACACACAAUCAUCUUGUACAGAAUGCAUAAAGGCACGAUAGGCUGUCUGUAUUAUGAAACACUAAAAUAGUCAAUCUUUUCCCUGAACUACCACGUAUGAUGCUUUUUCAAUUUUUCUAAUGCUUUUUAAUGCAACAUUUAAUAAAUUAUAUGGACAUACUGUAUUUAGUGAAUAGCAACUCGAACUAAAGAUAAAUGAAGCAUGUUGAGGUCAGAAGUUUCUGCAUGAACGUUUCUAUGUAUGUUGAGAAACGCUGCGGUCAGUAUAAUUAUAUUUGUGUGAACUGACUCGAGGAAUUUGAUUAAACUACCUGAAAUGUG